UUUUCAUGCCCUUCUCGUUGGUUUGUUCCGUUUUCAAAUUUGGCGCCUCACAUGUUUGCCACGUGUUGUAUUGGACUCUCCAAAUAUGGUGAUAGCAAAGUCUUUCUAAUCUUUCCAUAUAAUCAUUGCAAUUUCUUCCUCUUCAUUCAAUCAUAGUCUUUGUAUUUGUUAUCACACACACACACAUACACACAACAUGGCCACUCUGUCGGUGCCCGAUCAGCUACCUCCGGUGGCCGAAGAUUGCGAUCGCCUCCACAGUGCCUUUCAAGGCUGGGGAACGGAUGAGGGGGCGAUUGUAUCCAUAUUAGCUCACAGAAAUGCUAAACAGCGCAGUCUGAUUCGUCAAACCUAUGCCGAAACGUAUGGAGAAGAUCUCUUGAAGGCGCUCGACAAAGAACUUUCAAGUGAUUUUGAGAGAGCUGUGCUUUUAUGGACAUUUCAUCCUGCUGAACGUGAUGCAUUACUAGCCAAUGAAGCAAUAAGGAAACUUAAGCAUUUUGUUGUAUUGGAAAUAGCUUGUACUAGAACUCCACGGGAUCUACUUUUAGUGAAGGAAGAAUACCAUGCUCGUUUCAAGCGGUCAAUUGAAGAAGAUGUCGCACACUACACUACAGGUGAUUUUCGUAGGCUUCUGGUUCCCCUCGUGACUGCAUAUCGAUAUGGUGGCCCUGAGGUAAAUGCUACCUUAGCCACAUCAGAGGCUAAGAUACUUCACGAUAAAAUCACUGAGAAAGCCUACAAUGAUGAGGAGCUCAUCAGGAUUAUAAGCACUAGGAGCAAGGCACAACUAAAUGCUACAUUUAAUCAUUACAAUGACCAAUUUGGGAAUGCUAUCAGCAAGGAUCUAAAGACCGAUCCCAACGACAACUACCUUAAACUUCUGAGAUCUGCUAUAAAAUGUCUAACUUGGUCUGAGAAAUAUUUUGAGAAAGUUCUUCGUUUAGCCAUCAAAGGGCUUGGGACUGAUGAAGAGGCUUUGACUAGGGUAGUAGUAACUCGAGCCGAGGUUGACAUGAAACGCAUUGCUGAAGAGUAUUAUAGGAGAAACAGUGUCCCUUUGGGUCAGGCAAUAAAAGGCGAUACCUCUGGAGAUUAUGAAUCGAUGCUUCUUGCAUUGAUUGGUAAAGAGAGUAAUUAAGCCAAGAGCCAAGUCUAUGUUGGAUAUUAUUAUGUGUUAUUGUUGUCAAUAAGGUAAAUCACGAGUACUUUUACGCCGCUGUGGUUUUAGUUGGACUUUCACCAUAUAGUGUGGUCUGAAGAAAAAUGUUGCAUUGUGAUAGCCAUAGUUAUUAAUGGUUCUAAGGCUAUCUUACAUGAAAGUAUACGCUUAUACCUUGAUGCUUAUAUGUUUUUCAUGGAUAUUAAUGAUUCAAUAGUACUUUUACUUUUUGACACUUUGAAA